AUGAAGCAGAUUAUGGACAUACGACAAGUUUUGACAUUAGUUUUGGUGUUUGUAGCUAGUGCAUGUCGGGGCUCGGUAGUUGAAGAGAUUACCAGAGUGGACUCGAAGCUAUCGGCCUUGGGUCCAACAAUGGAAGUGUUGCAGGAGUACAGUGCCCUUGUUCCUGAGCUUCAGAAAUUGAGUGACACAGAUCCAGGCUCGAGGCUGCAUUUGGCCAGGGUCUAUUAUAAAAAGGGACUGGUGGAAUUUUCACUUUCGCAGGACAAUUUGGCUGUUCAGGACUUUGAAAGCUGUCUGGCAUACGAUGCUUCGUUCAAGCCGUGUCAACAAGAGUUGAACAAACUCAAUCUGAAGUUGGGUCGUCUGACUGAGUUGGAGACCUAUAUUUCGAGCAAAGAGGGCGAACGUGAUUCACAAUUACAAGAACUAGAGGACCAGUACACCGAACUCAAGAACAUGUGUUCUCUCAUAGAAUCAUCUGUCAUAGACAAGGAUUACGACCAAUGUGUUGAUCUCACCACCAAGGCUUUGGAAAUUUCCUCCAGUUUCCCAGCAAUAAGAUACCUGAGAUCACAUUGUCUUUCUUCGAGCAAGAAUUAUAGCCCAGAUAAAUUGACCAUGCUGGUUGGGGACUACUCGGAUCUGCUCAAAAAUUCCCAUUACUCUUUGAAUCUGCCCUCUCAUACGACUUCUAUUUUGCCAAGACUGGAAGAAUUUACAAAAGAGAAAUCUCCAGAACAAAGAUUGGGGAAUUUUAUUAGACUGUUCCAAUUACAGGCGUUCGUGACUUCGAAUUCGCCGCAACCACAGAAGAUUUUACAGAAGUGUUUAAGGGUUGAUAAUGAUUAUCAUCCAUGUGCUGCUUAUUCAAAGCUUUAUUCAAAGCUGGCAAGAUUCAGAGAACUGUUUGCAAAGGCUUCGCUGUACUAUUCACAUGUGUACUUCAAGUCUCAGGAUGAGAAUCUACACCAGGACGAAGAGACGUUCAGGGUGGACGAGUUUGAACCUACGGAAGAAGAAUGGCAGGAAUUACACAGGAUUUUAUUUCAAGACAAGGUUAAAUUCACUCCCAAUAUGUUGAAAGGAAUGAUGCUAGACAAAGCUCCUGGCAACUACCAUGACCUUCUUGAGCUCUUGGGCAAGAGGGCCGAUGCUACCUUCAACUUGCCCGAAGAGCAUAACUCGUUUUUGCUGGAUUUGAGACGGAUAUCCAUCGAGAGUACACCGAAUCACAAAGAGGCUGCAAAGAGAUGCAAGAAACUUCGAGAUCCGAACACGUUUUUGCCGUGUCAGAUAGCUAACAUAGAUAAGGCAUUGCUGGGCAAGUCGUAUGCCAAAGCGGAGGAGUUGCUGAACCAGUUCGAUAGCAGAGUAAAGAAGACACAAUUGUGGAAGUCGCGCUACGAUGUUUUGGACAAAGAGUUUUUGGCCGCUAAAAGACAGGACCAAAAAAGACGCGACCAAGAACACGAGAGACAGAGAUUCAAGCAGCAACAGCAACACCAGAGGCAGCAGCAACAGAGGUACCAACAGUAUCAACAACAGCAACAACAACAAGCAUCCAAACCUAAAAAUGACUACUACAAGAUUCUGGACAUUGCAAAAGAUGCAGACGAAGCCACAGUGAAGAGGGCCUACAGAAACAAAGUCAAGCAGCACCAUCCCGAUAAGGUCAAGGGAACCAACCAAUCGCAGGAGGAGAUGGAGGCAAAGAUGGCCUUGAUUAACAGUGCAUACGAAGUGUUGUCGGAUAAGGAAAAGAGAGAGCAAUACGACAGAGGCCAUGACGUGAAUGAUCCGGAGUCCAGAGCCCAACAGCCUCCUCCAAACGCCCAGUUUUUCCACCAAGGCCAGAACUUUGGCUUUGGGGGUCAACAAUUUGGCUUUGGAGGUCAGAACGGGUUCUUCCAGGGGUCCCAGGGGAACCAACACUUCAAGUUCCGGAAAAUGAAGAAGGGCGGAAGGUAA